UGAGUGUGUGACUGUGUAGGGGUUGGGGAAAGUAGACUGGAAAACCACUGGGAAAGGGGGGAGUAAGGCUAGAUUUUCCAUUGCACCCACACACACUCCCACCCCACUAAAGCCAAUUUUCCAAAGAGAUAAAGAGAUGCAUUUCCUGGGAAGGGCCCCAAAUUGUCCAUCGCUUCAAGACUAGUUCCUAUUUGCUAGACUAUCCUCUUGCCGCACAGUAUAUGACUUCACUUGCACAAUACAGACCCAUUAGAGGCUCAGUGGGACUGGACUGGCUGAAGGGAUCCUUCCUGAACCCAAUUCACUUUUCUGAUCUGUCCUUGAAGCUGUAGAUCCUACGAUCAGAAAACCUGGCCAGGGGCGCAGGAGGGGAAAGGGAUGUGGUUGGUGUCAGCUCCUUCGCCCAGUUUUGCAGGAGCUCGAUCAUAGAACAAAGAAACGUCAAAACUGGCCUGGAAGAGACCCCCACUUCUCCCAUACGACCAGCAGUUUGGACCGGGGUGGAAGGACACGAAGGAAGUCUCCUCUUUCAGAGAGGCAGAUUCUGGGGGAAGGUGACUCCAAAGACCAAGAAGAGGAGCAGGGGGUGGGGUGGAGCGACAGGAAAAACUUGGGGUCUGAUAAAUCCUUUUUGCAAACUAGGCUCAUUAAUAGAGAGAUUUUCAAUUUCUUACUUUGGGGUGGAAAAUGAGUGCCCCGAUUGCCCUGGCAGAGCUUUUCGGAAACUUUUACUUCAUUUGAGACACAUGGUUCCUGUUUAAUGUAGUGAGUGACUUGUUUUAUUUUAAUAUUUAAUUUUAACUGCGUCUGGAAGGACUGUGCCUUCUUGGCAAGCCCAAAUAGGACAUUCUGCCUGUAACGGGCCAUCGUGGAGAGUGAAAUACUAAAGCCGUCGGACAGCAGUCAUGCAGAGGGGCACCUAUAGCAUCCAGGCUGGCACCUUGCCCAUUCAGUCUCAGUCCUGCAGGAAUCCAGGGAGAGGCCAGGAUGGGUGGGAAGCUGGGAGAGUCAGGUAGGGGAAACCGUGCGGAGGAGAGACAAGAGUCUGGAAGCAGGAGGAAGGAAGGGUGAAGGCAGCAGGGGGUGGGAAAGGGUUGGAUACUGUCUCGGUUUCAGUAAGGGAGAAGCUCUCCGCCUGUGGUCACCCUUAGCAGAGGGACAAGUGUCCAGCGAACCCUGGUCCCGAGGGUGCCCGCACGCCCGGGCAUCGCUGGACCCGCACCCAGGCAGGGCACUGGACGAUCGGCGCACGGAGCGCAUACAUACUCCCUCCCCCGUUUGAACCUCUUCCCCUGCCAUGCUAGGAGGGAGGCUGGAGUCACCCUGAGCUCUACCACCUGUGAUGGAGGAGGAGAUUGGCGGAGGCCGUCAUAUGACCGGUCACGUGCUGGAGGCAAGCUCCGUCCAAAAGAAAAUGGGGUUUGGUGUAAAUCUGGGGGUGUAAUGUUACCAUAUAUCACGCUACCUCGUAAAACCGACACGGGAGCCUGCCGGACAACAAAUCACGGGUCAAAAUUAUGAGUUCUUCGUAUUAUGUGAAUGCGCUUUUUAGCAAAUAUACGGCGGGGGCUUCUCUGUUCCAAAAUGCAGAGCCGACUUCUUGCUCCUUUGCCACCAACUCCCAGAGAAGCGGCUACGGACCCGGCGCGGGCGCCUUCGCCUCCUCAGUGCCCGGCGUGUACAAUGUGAACAGUGCCAUUUAUCCAGGCCCCUUCUCGUCCGGAUACGGCCUGGGCUCAGACGCCUACAACCUGCACUGCUCGUCCUUUGAUCAGAAUAUCCCCGUCCUCUGCAAUGACCUAACCAAAGGCAGCUGUGAGAAAGCCGAGGCGAGCGCCCUGCACAGCCAGGCAGAGACCAAUUUCCGGAUAUACCCUUGGAUGAGGUCUUCAGGUCCGGAUCGCAAGAGAGGCCGGCAGACCUAUACCCGUUACCAGACCCUGGAACUCGAGAAGGAGUUUCAUUUCAACCGCUAUCUGACUCGGCGGCGGCGCAUCGAGAUCGCCCACGCCUUGUGCCUCACCGAAAGGCAGAUCAAAAUCUGGUUCCAGAACCGGAGGAUGAAGUGGAAGAAGGAGCACAAGGACGAGGGAGCUGCAGCUCCAGCCGCCACCGAGAACGCCUCGACCACCCCUUCGGCCGGGAAAGUGGAGGAAGAAGAAGAGGAGGAGGAGGAGGAAGAGGAGGAGGAAGAAUGAGGCUGGAGCUGAAGGAAGGAAGCCCUAGCCGCCCAGCAGAGCUGUGGAGUCUGAUGGAUGCACGUGACAGUCGGAAAAGCGUCUUUAAGAGACAUACCCGUUUUAUUUUAAAAAAAGAAAAAGAAAAAAAAACCCUCUCCCCCCAAAUCCUGUUCCUCUCCCCUGCCCUUCUGCCCUCCUAGCUCAGCUCCCAAGACUGGCCACACUGAGGUGUCUAGUCUGUGUCUUCUUCUCCCCUCCCCCCUCUUUCUCCUCCCCGGGUCCCUUGGAGUCUCUUAGCUGAGCUCCUCUACCCUGAGCCCGCAUAGGCCAGGGCCCCCCUGCCCAGUCGGUGCCCUCGGCCCCGUGGCUGCUAUCCCUACCCCUGGCCGAGGGAGCCCGACGGGUACACAGCGCUGGCGCUCAGAGAUACUACCUAACAGAGCCCUUGGGCUCGGUCACCCCCUGAUGAAGAGGGCCAGGGCGUCCAGGCGCCCACCAAACUACCUAAUAUGCCAACCCAGAGCUCUGGGGCUUCCGUUUCACAGUUCAGAAUUGUCUCUUUCAUUUUCCUUCCUGAGCGAAAGUGGGGGAGGGAGAGACAUUCUGACCCACACCAAUACACAAUACACGAUCACACAUAUACACACACACCUAGACAACCACUACACUCCAGCAAUGAUCUGUACUACCUAUCUGAUUUCCAAACUACCUAUUUGUUUGCUUCACCUACCUAGCUCCUUCAUUAAGACUGUGCUUUAGGAAUCCAAGAAGGAUUAGAUGCUAAAGAUGACUGAUUUAAAAAAGAAAGAAACAAAGAAAGAAAGAAAAAGAAAAAAGGGAAAAAGGGAAAAAAGAAAAGCAUAAUAUUUUCACAAAAGGCUUUUAGUCCACUUGACUGUGGAGGAGCGCUUCUUUUCGUAGCUUGGGCAGAGAACUGGGGACCAGGGCUCACUGGCUUCUAUUUAAAUUGAAAAGAAUAAUAAUAUAUUUAUUCCAAAGCGACUCUAAAUGAAAUCAUAUGCUGCAAACUCGCUUUCCUCUCCUUGCCUGAACAUUCCGAGUUCAGAAGAAAUGCCUCCGCUUCUGGGGAGGGGGCGAGGAGGGCACCCUCUUUCCCUUGGCUGGCACCCCAUUAGGCUUUUGCUUGGCCAACCUUCCGAGGGCUGCAACAUCCUCUGAACCAAGUUUCUGGCGAAAGUGACCAUCCCCCCACCCCGCCCCCCACUUAAUACACCUUCUCCUGCCCCUUCUCACCUCUCCACACCGCCCGCCCCUAGUCCUGACUCCUAGCCAGUGUUUAAUAUUGCUACCCUGCCUUUUCCUACACCAACAAAUCCUGUCUAUUUGACCGAGUUCGGGGGUCAUUUAUAUUGUCUUGAAGCUUAUUUGUAAGACCCCGUCCUGACUCGGGAAGGCUGUCAUUCAUUGGGAUACCUUUGUAGUGUGGUGUUUUGUUGCUAACUCCUGUAGCGAGGCAGGCUGGCUGGGCGGCUCUAACGCCCUGUGGAAGCUGCCCGGCCUUGGUCCCUGCCCCACCCUUGCCCCUGUCUCUGGUGUUCUCUCGUGUUCCCGUCCACACUGGCGCUGCCGUCUAUGUAGGUCUUGAGAGUCCCAACUGUGUGUGUGAACUCCAAGGAGGUGACUGUUCCAGUCUUGCCCCCGCCAAAUGUGGUUUAUGUUACAUAGAAAAAUAAAUGCAUAUAUGCUUGGUGACAA